CGCGAGCGCGGCGAGCGCGGCCCGCGCUUCGCCCGCGAGAACGCGCGCGCUCGGCACGUCGCGUUCGGAGCUGCGUGAAUAACAAAGAUACAAUCGCAUCGAAAGGGAGGCGAGCGCUGCGUUUACUUGCACGGCGUCCGAGAAGAUCCUGCCAUGGACGAGGUUCUCCAGCAGCUGGGGAUCGGAACUCGCCCUGUCAACGAUCCCUUCUUCAAGGAGUCUUACGAGGUCUGCAAGGUCUUCCAGAGAAAGGGCGUCACGAUCGACGACGAGGAGGAACUCUGCCACGAGGCGAUCAAGACAUUCCAGUGUUACGUCCCGAGAUGCAGGAGCACUUUUCAAACGCUGCUCGAUUACGAGAUGCAUUACAACAGCUCGCAUCGGUACGCUUGUACAGAAUGCAAAGCGUCCAGGCCGAAUCCACGGCUGCUGGAGAUUCAUAUCCAGGAGACGCACGACGCCUUCUUCAAAGUGUUGUCGGAGAAACAAGCCAUGUAUCAAUGUUACGACUCCGAAUGCGGCAUGAAAUUCAACGAUCCUAUGGAAAGGAGGGAACAUUGUAUCAGAGUACAUAAAUAUCCAAAGAAAUAUCGAUUCGAUGACACACCACGUUGCAGCAAGGAAGAUGAAUUAAAUAAAAUGGAAGUUGAUGUUGAUAAUAAAGAGAAGAAAAAAUCUGCCAAGGUACUUCUGAAUAAAAAUCAGAAGAGCAAGAUGUUCACGAGAGACACCACCGUCAGUGCAGCCUGUAAAAGUAAUGAUAGCGUAGAAACAGUUGCAUCACCUACUGUCAAAACUAAAACGACGUCAUUAGUUUUUAUCCCUAGACAAGUACAAAAAUCCUUUUCGAAGGUACUUACAAAUAAUCAAAAUAAGGAAAAGAAUGUUCUCGAGUCGGAUACCAUGAUGGAACUUGCAGACACGUUGCCUAGUUGACGUAGGUCUUAAUCUUAUCGACGAAAUGUUUCGAAAGAUUUUGUUGUAUGACUCUAUAAUAUAGUCCUAAGAAUGUUUAAUUUUAUUGAGGUAAAUUAAGGAAAUACUAUCUUAUUAACAUAUUUAAAAUUAUAUUUGUGUACGAUAUAUAAGAAAGGAUUUUUAUAAAAGCAAAACUUGUAGAUACAUUGCCUAAUUAAUAUAGUUUGAUCGAAUCUGA